AUGCGUCUGUCACUCGCUCUGUCUGUCCUGCCUCUGGCUCUCUCCGUCUCGGCUCUCAAGGUCAUUGAGCCCGAGCAGGGUGCUGUGAUUGACACCUCCGACUCUCUGGUUGUGAAGUGGACUUCCGUCGACACCGACGAGACGAGCUUCAAUGUCUUCCUCGUCAACAACAACGUCUACCCUCCCGUUCACAAGAAGGUUGCCUCGGACAUCAAGACCUCUGAGCACUCCUACACCAUCGACAGCCUGUCCGGUGUGACUGAUGCCAAGGGCUACCAGAUCAACCUGGAAUCCACCUCCGAGCACAACACCGGCAUUCUCGCCCAGUCCAACCAGUUCAACGUGACUGAGUCUGCCUCAAGCUCUACUUCUACUGGUGCAUCCUCCUCCACCUCCAGUGCUGCCACCUCUGGUUCUUCCACUGCCAGCAGCACUGAAUCCUCUUCCUCUUCCGCUGUGUCCACAACUCACACUUCCGCAGGAACCUCCACCUCCACCAAGUCCGGUUCCAGCACCACCGCUACCGGUGCUACCACCACUGCCUCCGGCACCUCCACCGCCUCCGGCUUGACCACCACUACUUCCGCCUCGGGCUCUGCUAGCGGCACCGCUUCUGCCUCCGCUACUCCAUCCACCGGUGCUGGUGUUGCUCUCGGCGCUGCUCCCGUUGCUGUCGGUCUUUUGGCUGGUGUGCUUGCUCUUGGUCUGUAA